AUGGAUCAAUUUACUGGAUACGUGGUGCCCGAGAGCCAACCGCCGCAGAAUAACGACAUGCUUGCAUUCGCCAACUCGACUUUACCCGCACCAUCUCUAGAUCUUGGUGGUUACGACGACUUUAUGGGCUUCUCAUAUCCCGGUGCUCCAGCUAACGGUGAACCUAUGGACACGUCAAACAACCUUUUUGCUUCGAUAUCGUCAAUGGAUAUGCACCCUAGCGAUCCCUUGUAUCCGCCAGGCUGUGUAGGGGGAGGUCAAGGGCUUCAACUGCAAAACCAUAAUCUGUCACAUGGACCGAACCAACCGCUGACACCGCCCGACACGAUACAUCGAGGGAGCACAAGCAUAACAGCGAGCUCACCAGAUUUACGAAACGCUUUCACACCAAAACAAUAUCCGCAGAAAGCUGUAGACAAAUCUGCGGCAUCGGAUGAUGUACUCGCGCAGAUGGUGGACCUACUCGCACAGCCUACCGCAUGGCAAGGGCUUGCGGAGAACGACAGCGAACCUAGCCAGUCUCUCUCACAUGAUGCCAGAGACCGGAUUGUUGCGACUGUACAGAUACUCUUGCAACGGGCACUCUGGAGCCGACAGUCUCCUUCAACAUCAAGUCAAGGCCUCUUUGGACGCAUCGUAGUCCUCCCACCCUCCAACGUUCUCAUGCACUUUAUUGAAACGUACGCAAACCGCAUCGACUCCAUUCAGCCCUAUCUGGGUCUCGCUGGCUCCUCAAGCAUCAACGUCACAGACAUCUUGCAAGUCGACAAGGCCGAUAUUGGAAUUCUGCUCAUCAUACUUCUCAUCUCCCAAGGUGCGAUGCUUACAGAUCAUUUCGAAUCGCACGUCCUCGCCAACGGCUUGAUAGAGAUAUGCAGGAUUGCAUUGGACGACGUUCUCGAGAGCCGGAGUAUAUCGCAACCAAUGAUCGGAGGAAUCGCACUGCAGUUGCUUACACUCUGCGCACGGAGUGGUAAAGACUCUUUCGCUGCGUACGCCAUGUCGAAAAGAGGGCAAUACCUUAGUAUGCUGAAGUGCACUGGCGUCUUACAGCCCGAACAGGCCGUGUAUAAUCCAAGAGCGGAGGGGCCAGAGAUGUGGGAAAUGUGGAAAGAGCAAGAGCAGCGUAAUCGCCACGCAUAUGCUUGGGUCUACGUAGACCUCGAGAUCAGCUUGCUACACGACCUUCCACCGAUACUCUCGAUCAACGACCUGCAAGUACCCUUACCGCAAGACAACGAAUUAUGGCACGCCAAGUCAUUCAAUGAGUGGCUUGAGCAUUCUGGAGCCAACGGCAACAAACCAGGACCCUGCAAUGCCGCAAAGUUUGGUGCCUGGCUUGAGAAACAGGGUUCUGUUGGACCCCGCUCUGGCCACACGACUCCAUCUCUCAACGGCCUUUUUCGAAGUUUCCUCCAGGGUCGGUUGGUAGUCGGCGAUGACGUACCCUUACACCACCUUCGUCUCCUUCUGCACCCCAUAUUGGCCAUGGUGCUCGAGCAACAACAACUUCUGCGCAUUUUCGACGCCGACGAACCUUCAAACCGAUACCGGGUGCUUUCCAAGAUCAAGAUCCUAGGCCGUUUGCAGGAGACGCAAGAUUUACUCCAAGAUCUGGCAACGCUUCUCUCGCGGUCAAAAGCUUCUUCCAGCAAAGAUGACGAGGGUGAAGUAACCCCCACCGACUGUGUCAGCAUGAUAAUGCUCCAUCUGGUUAGCCUGAACGUGUUCACCAGCAUCCCCGAGAUUGAGAAAUGCGCCAAGGAAGAGCCGCCCAUGUCAGACACGGCCCGUGCGGACAUGUGGCGGUGGGCACGUCAUCCCGAAGGAGAGAGAUACGUGCUGUUCCAUGCCGGCCAAAUCUUCAGAUUGAUCGACAGAUCGUCCUUGGACGCACGGCCAACCUGGUGGCCGGUAGCUUUGUAUCGUGCGGCCAUGUCUUGUUGGUCUCUCCGAUCUUGGGACCGAACCUCUUCAUCGGCGGCGGUUGAGUGUGGCAUUGAUGCCCUAUUACCCUCGGAGGAAGAGUGCUUCCUCAACACUACUACUGGCACACCUGUCGUCACACUCGAUGAUAAGAGACGGUUGCCCAUUCUUGAGGGGAAUAACAGCUUGCAGUACUGUAUCAGCAAGCUGGAGAGUCACCCUACACAUUGCUCACGUAAUGUCAUCGAAAAGGCUCGCUACUUCUUGACUAGAUGGAGUUGA